CCCACGAUCAGUCCAGGUGUGGAGUGUGUGAGAGGGUACUGAGGGACCCAGUAAUCACCACCUGUGGACACAGUUUCUGCAGGCAGUGCAUCAGCACCUACAGGGAGCAGCCUGGACUGCCAGGAGACCAAGCCUGUCCCCAGUGUGGAAAGACACGAAGAACUCAACCUCCUCUACAGCCUCAUCUGGAUAAACACACACACAUGGUAGAAAUGACCGAACAAGCUGAUGAAGUCCUGAGGAGAGUUAUAGAUAAACAUAAAGCCAGUCUGAAGAGGAGGUUUGAGAACAUAUCUGAAGGCAUCAUCAAACCAGGAGCUGAGACACCCCUCAAUAAGAUCUACACAGAGCUCUACAUCACAGAGGGAGAGAGUGAAGGGGUGAAUAAGGAACAUGAGGUUUGGCAGGUAGAGUCAGCAUCCAGAGCACAAACCACAGAAGAAACACCAAUCAACUGCAAUGACAUCUUCAAGCCCUUACCUGGACAGGAGAAACACAUCAGAACUAUGAUGACCAAAGGUGUUGCUGGCAUUGGAAAAACAAUCUCAGUGCAGAAGUUCAUUCUUGAUUGGAUAGAUGGGGUAGCGAAUCAGGAUGUACACUUUAUGUUUCCCCUUCCUUUCCGUGAGCUGAAUUUAGUCAGGGAUAAUCAGUAUAGUCUUUACAAACUCCUGCUUGACUUCCACCCUGAGCUGAAGGAGCUGAAGAAUGAUGAAGAAUACAACAACUGUCAGAUUGUGUUCAUCUUUGAUGGUUUGGAUGAGAGUCGAUUACCUCUGAAUUUCCAACAGAGCAUGAUAUCUGAUUUCAAACAAAUAUCGUCAGUGGAUGUUCUGAUGACAAGCCUCAUUCAGGGAACUCUGCUUCCCUCUGCACACAUCUGGAUAACCUCACGACCAGCAGCAGUCAGUCAAAUUCCUGCUCAGCGCAUCGAUCAGAUCACAGAAGUACGAGGGUUCAAUGACCCACAGAAGGAAGAGUACUUCAAGAAGAGAAUCCGUGAUGAGAGUCAGGCCAGCAGAAUCAUCUCACACAUUAAGGCAUCCAGGAGUCUCCACAUCAUGUGCCACAUUCCAGUCUUCUGUUGGAUUGCAGCCACUGUACUUCAGCAGAUGCUGGAACAGGACAACACCCAGGAAAUCCCCAAAACUCUGACUGAAAUGUUCAUACACUUUCUACUCAUCCAGAUCACAAGAAAGAAUCAGAAGUAUCAAAGUGGAAAACAAACAAAUAAAGAGCAGCUUCUGGAAUCACAGGAAGAAAUUAUACUGAAGCUGGCAAAACUGGCUUUCAACAAUCUAGAGAAUGGCAAUGUCAUGUUUUACGAAGAAGACCUGAGAGAGUGUGGCAUUGAUGCCAGUGAAGCCUCAGUGUACUCCGGCAUGUGCACUGAAAUCUUCAAGGAAGAGUCUGUGUUUCACCAGAGGAAGGUCUACUGCUUUGUGCAUCUGAGCAUCCAGGAGUUUCUGGCAGCACUUCAUGUCUUUGUCUCCUACAGCAAUCAGAUGAAGACCAUAGGGACAUUUUUCUGCUUGGAAGAAUCACUGAAGUUGGCAGUAACCAAAGUUUUGGAAAGCAGGAAUGGACACCUGGAUCUUUUCCUUCGCUUCCUUAUGGGUAUCUGUCUGGAGAGCAAUCAGAGACUUUUGGGAGGUCUACUGAACCACACACACAACAGCUCAGAGAGCAUUAAGAGAAUGUGUCAGUACAUUAAAGAGCUCAAUAAAGAGGAUCUCUUCCCUGAAAGAUGCAUCAGUCUUUUGCAGUGCUUAUCUGAAGUGAACGAUCAUUCCAUGCAUGAGGAAAUUCAAGAGUACCUGAAAUCACCAAAGGGCAUCAAAAAUGAAUUGUCUCCUGCUCACUGUUCAGCACUGGCCCACAUACUUCUGAUGUCUGAGGAGGUGCUGGAUGAGUUUGACCUGAAGAAAUACAACACAUCAGAUGAGGGACGCAGGAGAAUGAUCCCAGCCCUGAGGUGCUUCAGAACAGCACAACUUGAUGGGUGUAAACUUAAUCAGAUGUCCUGUGAAACAGUGAAGAGAUCUCUGCAGUCUGGCAACUCCUUGAUACAGCUGGAUCUGAGUUGCAAUCCCCUAGGAGAUUCUGGAGUUAAGAUUCUUUCUGCAGGACUAACCAGUCCCCACUGUAAACUGCAAACCUUGAGACUUGGUGACUGUAAACUCAGUUAUGAAUCCUGCAAGAUUGUGGCCUUUCGUCUGCAGUCAGUAAACACCCUUAUAGAGAUGGACAUGGGUCACAAUGAUCUUGGAGAUUCUGGAGUCCAGCUUCUGUGUAAGGGAUUGGCCAGUCCUUACUGUGAACUGCAGAUAGUAAGGCUGUCUGGUUCUCUCAUCUCAGAGGAAGGCUGUGGAUUUCUGGCAUCAGCUCUGUCUUCAAACCCCUCUCAUCUAAAAGAGCUAGAUCUGAGCUACAACCAUCCUGGAGAAUCAGGACUUAAGCUGUUAUCUGCUAGACAGGAGGAUCCUCACUUUAAACUGGAGAAACUUAAUGCGGACCACUGUGCAGAAAUCAGACUCAGACCAGGUGUGCGGAAAUAUGCCUGUGAGCUCACACUGGACCCAAACACAGCAGACAAAAAUCUCUCUCUCUCCGAGGGGAACAGAAAGGUGACACGUGUGAAAGAGGAUCAGCCGUAUCCUGACCACCCAGAGAGAUUUGACAGGUGGAAUCAGGUGUUGUGUAGCGAGGGUCUGUCUGGACGCUGCUACUGGGAGGCUGAGUGGAGUUGGGAUGGGGCUAUUAUAGCUGUGGCGUAUAAAAACAUCCAGAGGAAAUGGCAGAAUGAUGUCAACGCACUGGGUUGUAAUGACAAGUCCUGGAGUCUGGACUGCUCUCCUAACAGAUACUCUGCCGGGCACAAUAACAAACGCACUGACAUACCUGUCCCCUCCUCCCGCUCCAGAAGAGUAGGAGUGUACCUGGACUGGCCAGCUGGCACUCUGUCCUUCUACAGCGUCUCCUCUGACACACUCUUCCACCUGCACACGUUCCACUCCACAUUCACUGAGCCCCUCUAUCCUGGGUUUAGGGUUUGGGAUAAUAACUCCUCAGUGUCCCUGUGCCAGAUCACAUGACCUCCCCAUGCCACAGGAACACAGGAGUCACCCACUCCU